UUUUCGAAAUCCCAGAACAAUCCCACCUUUUCGAAAUCCCAAAACAAUCCCACCUUGUACCCCCUUCUUCUUAAAACAAGCCUUUUUCAUUUAAUCACCGGUUAAACCAAUUUUCCUUUUUUUUUAAGCAGGUAAUUCUCCUUAUUACCAUUGAGCGCCAUUAAUUCCCAAUUGACUCCCCCACUGUUCUUCAUCUCUCCGUCUGCAAUUUCCUUUAAAUGCCCAACCCCCCAUUCAUUUUUGUUCAACCCUUUCAAUCAACUCCCAAAAAAAUCCCUUAAGCAAGCUUCUUAUUUUAGCAAUGGAAAGUCAGCAAUCCCAUGGCUCUACUUCGAUGUCCAAGAAAUUAAGGUACCCUCCUUUCCCAGUUUAUUGCUAUCACGAUGAGGUAGCUCCGUUGAGGACGGUGAAGUAUGAUGGUCCGACCAAAGGAAAGCUUUUUUACGAGGACAUGCGGUUUUUUCAAAUGGGUUGAUGAGGUUGAUGAUAUUCGCGAUCUGAAAUCUCGCAUCGUUGAUAAGAACUUAAUAAUCAUGGAGUUGGAGGACAAGCUUGAGCUGGUGAAGGAGAAGGUCAAGAAGUUGAAGGCUAAACAAGAGAAAUUGGUUGAUGAUGUUGCUGAGGUGGGGAUUGUCGCAACCGAGACCCUCUUUGAGAUGAAGGAGAACAACACUGAUAAGAAGCUAAACGUGGCUUUGAUCUUAUCUUGGGCUUUUUUUGAUGUUGUAUUCAUGAUGAAGUGAAGGUUGUAGUGUUGAUCAUGGUUUUUUUUUUUUUUUUUUUUUUUGUGGUAUAAUCUAGGUUGGUGGGAUAAUGUUGUGGGAUUGUAAGUCUUUUUUUGGGUCAUGGCUGAUGAUGGUGAUGUAUGUAGUUGUUUUGAUCUAAGUAGUUGUUCAAUAAUGCAGUAGUAGUAGUACUUUUGUGGGUCUCAUGUGUUUAGGUGUUAUAUGACAGUGUUACAUUAUGUAGGGGCUUAUUGUAAAUCUUUUGCACUAAAUGUAUAUGAUGAUAUUUGAAGUA